CUGGGUUUCAGGCGGUACGAGAUACCGGUGAAGUUGUUUUAAAAACGCCAUGGAGGACAAGGCUCAGAUACAAGAAGCGAUUAAAAUCCAAGGGGAAGUCGUCCGGAAGUUAAAGUCAGAGAAAGCGAGCAAAGAGCAGUGCUAGGGUUGCUUACCACUUUUCUCCUGUUCUUCCUGCCCAACCCUGGAUGUCCCCGGCUUGCCUCGCCCUUCAUCAUCACCAUCAUCUACCUCAACCCUCCUUGACAUCACUGCUGCUCUCCCGCCCACACUCCUGUCGUCCUUCUGUGGACCAUUGUGAUUGGCUGCUGAUGGACAAUGCUACGGGACAUUACUUUACCCAUGAUGCACUCCUGAACUUUUUCUUGCCCGAUUUUUGGACGGGUGUAAAUUUUUCCAAAUGUUUUUGUACCCGAUGAACUGUGGGAUGAACACUCUGGGCUUGUUUUGUGUUCGUACUUUUGCUCUGGUGGGUCGUCGGACUGCCCAAUCCCUGCACUCUUUCCCUGGGAUCACUGUGGCUCAGAUUGAUGAAGAAGUUGCCAAACUGCUGGAGUUGAAGGCAAAGAUAGGCGGAGAUGAAGGCAAACAACAGUUUGUCCUCAAAACAGCAAAGGGAACAAGGGACUACAACCCCAAACAGAUGGCCAUCAGAGAGAAAGUCUUCAACACCAUCAUCAACUGCUUCAAACGCCACGGAGCAGAGACCAUCGACACGCCUGUUUUUGAACUUAAGGAAACGCUGACAGGGAAGUAUGGAGAAGAUUCAAAGCUCAUCUACGACCUCAAAGAUCAAGGAGGAGAGCUGCUGUCCCUCAGAUAUGACCUCACCGUGCCCUUCGCUCGCUACCUGGCGAUGAACAAGAUAACCAACAUCAAACGCUAUCACAUCGCCAAGGUGUACCGCCGCGACAACCCAGCCAUGACCCGCGGGCGCUACAGAGAGUUCUACCAAUGCGAUUUUGACAUAGCAGGGCAGUAUGACCCUAUGAUUCCAGAUGCCGAGUGUCUGAAGAUCGUCCAUGAAAUCCUGAGUGAGCUGGACCUUGGAGACUUCCGUAUCAAGGUCAAUGACAGACGCAUCCUUGAUGGGAUGUUUGCUGUGUGUGGUGUUCCAGAUGACAAGUUUCGGACGAUCUGUUCAACAGUGGAUAAACUGGACAAGAUGCCAUGGGAGGAGGUGAGGAAGGAGAUGGUGGAUGAGAAGGGCCUGUCAGAGGAAGCUGCUGACCAGAUCGGGGAAUAUGUCAGCAUGCAGGGGGGAAAGGACCUCGCAGAGCGCCUCCUUCAGGACCCAAAAAUGUCUCAGAGUAAGCAGGCCUGUGCUGGCCUGACUGACAUAAAGCUACUCUUCGGAUACCUGGAGCUCUUCCAGGUCACAGACAAGGUGGUGUUUGACCUCAGUCUGGCCCGCGGUCUGGACUAUUACACAGGAGUCAUUUAUGAGGCGAUUCUGACUCAGGCAGGCGUGGUCCCGGUGUGCAAUGAAGCCCAAAAUGGUUCCCCUUCAGAGGAGAGUGUUAGCGUGGGCAGCGUGGCUGGCGGGGGGCGGUACGAUGGCCUGGUGGGCAUGUUCGACCCCAAAGGAAGGAAAGUGCCAUGUGUGGGUGUGAGCAUCGGCAUUGAGAGGGUUUUCUCAAUCAUGGAGCAGAAGGCAGAGGCCUCAGCAGAGAAGGUUCGUACCACGGAGGUUCAGGUUAUGGUGGCAUCUGCUCAGAAAAACCUGCUGGAAGAAAAACUCAAACUCAUCACUGAGCUCUGGAACGCCGGCAUCAAGGCAGAGGUGAUGUACAAGAAAAACCCGAAACUGCUGAGUCAGCUGCAGCACUGCGAGGAGUCUGGGAUCCCACUGGUGGCCAUACUGGGAGAACAGGAGCUGAAAGAUGGAGUGGUCAAACUCCGGGUGGUGGCUACCAGAGAGGAGGCUGAUAUUUCCAGAGCAGACCUUAUAGCCGAAAUCAGGAGGAGGACAUCUGAGGCAUAGUCCCCACCAUGUUCAGCUACAAUACCCAGCCACAUCACCCCGUCGCUUCACACACUGCAGACUCCUAAACAGACCGGCCUAUCAUUCUUCAGUCAAGCAUGUUGGACUUGGCACAACUCUGGAGACACACAUCCAUCCUGUUGUUCUUGUAGCAGCCACAUAGAGCGCCAUUACAAAGCGUUUGGUGCAUUCAGGAGGGCUGUUACACGAGCAGUGAACUGACUGGAAGUGAGUUUAACAGGAUUUGCUUCUAAAGGGGAUGCUAUUAUAAAAAUCUACAAGGAGAAAACAGUGACAUUUAAGAAAAAUAAAAAAAUCCCCUUGCUUUCAGGACUUCUUAGAAACAUAUUUUAUCCCAAAAAUGAUGUCUCUUGAGAGCUCUGUGACUGUCUCAGUGAAGGUUUUUGUUUUUGCCUUGUCCAAGACGCAACUUAAAUAAAACAUUAACAAAAUAUAAAUGCCCAACCAUGACCUCUUUUUUUAGAUGAACCAAUCCAAAUUUCCUCCAAACAAAACCCCAGCAGUUUGAUCUCAGAUUGAAAUUAAAACUCUUGUUUGGGGCUAAAAACUAAUAAGCUUAUGAAGUGAUGCCUGGAAAAAGUAUUGAUUGGCAUUAAGGCUGUCAGAUUUAUUUAUACUUUGAUACUUCUUUUUACACCACCUCUUUUAUUAUCAUUAUCAUUAAUAUUGAAAAUGACAGAAGCUUUAAAAAACUGCAUUAAAGCAGUUUCAUGACAUGCAAGGAGAUCGUUGUGGUCCAGCAGCAUACAGUCUUUGGUCAUGUACCAGCCACAUGAAAAAAAUAUCACCAACCCACUCCAAUUUCUCUGAAAAUAUCCUGCUGCGUUCUCUCAUCAGCUCAGAGCUACUACUUGUGGAAACAUUUCUUAGGGGGGGUGGCAGGAAAAAGUAUUGGUGAAAAUUGUCUGGUUGCAUUAGGCUCAUUGUGAGGUUUGUGAGAGGGCGAAUGAGGUUACAGUUCCUCUUCUGGUGGCUUUUGAUUUAAAACAUGACUGAAAAUCUAUUUCUUUAUAAAGCUUCUGUACUUUUUGAUGCCAUCAAUCAUGAAAAUAACACAUUGUUUCCGUUCAGAAUACUUGUCCAAAAAGUAUCACAAAUUUUGACAUUAAUAUAAUUUGAUUUUUACUAAUAUAACAGAGUUUAAGUAUCUGCUAUUCUGACAAUGUUUUUCAUAAUGUUCAUCUAAAGUUGUCCACAUCUUCUUUUAAUGUUUGAGAAAUGUCAAAACAAUCAAAUAGUCAUUUGUCAGGCAUGUCAACAGUGAAGUUGCAAGGACCAAAAAUCUGUCUUCACAGAUCCACAAUCACAAGGGCUUUGGAUGAAAUAUAUUCCAUCCAAAUUUCCAGUAUUUUCUCAUGAAAUGUUUCCAAUAUUCUUUGAAGGAGUCCAUAGCUGCUUCCUGUGUAAGAAAUGGUUUGAACAAAGUAUAUUAAGUCAACAAGGAGAUGAGUCUGUCCUUAUCAGAUUCAUUAUCACUAUAAUCUUAAGCUGCAUUCCAUCUGGAACCGUUUGUCUGUGCUGGAUGAAGGACAAUAAACUCUUUUCUGCAGUUAAGCUCUUAGAUAAUUUGUGUCACACAUGCCUGUACGCUAAAGUGUCAUAAAUAAAUGCAUUCAUCAUUCAGUACCAU